CUGUUCUGUCAACUGAGCGAAAGAAAGGAAAAGAAAGAAAAGCCUCUCCACUGGAAUAUGGCGAGAGUUCGGCUCCAUGUGGAGCACUUCACCCAGAUGAGGAAAUAAGUGGCAGCUAGCGACGUCCAGGAAGCUUUCCCGUCCCUCCCUGGGCUCUCCGGGACUCGCCGUCUGAUGGACAGAGAGCGAAGGAAAGUGGGGGAAUCUCGUCGCUCCUGAAGAAGAAACUGACGGGGCAACGGUUUUUACCCCCCCCCCCCAACACUUCGGAAUAACACUAUAUGGACUAAAAGUUUCCGCUUUCUUGUAGCAUGAUAGUGCGUGCGACAUGUGUAAUAGGACACCGAGUAAAAGCGUGGAGUGGCUGCAAGUGGAGUUAGAGUCCGGCGGCUCGUCGCUGCUGCUGCUGGACUGCCGCUCACACGAGCUGUACGAGUCCUCCCACAUCGAGAGCGCCAUCAACCUGGCCAUGACGGGGCUGAUGCUGCGGAGGUUCAAGAAGGGCAACAUACCGAUACAGACCGUCAUCCCCAAACACGAGGAGAAGGAGAAGUUCAUCGGAAGGUGCAAGACCGACACGGUCGUCUUGUACGAUGAGUGCUCGGCGGAGUGGCCGGCCAGCGGAGCGCCGGCGUCGGUUCUGUUCGUCCUCCUUCAGAAAUUGUGGGAAGACGGUUGUAAGGCGUUUUAUCUGGAAGGUGGGUUUGUAAAGUUCAACACAGAGUACCCAGAACACUGCGAGACCUUCCUGGACAGCUCCUGCCCCAGCUCCUCUCCCCCUGUGUCGGCUCUGGGCUUUGGGAACCUCCGCAUCAGCUCCGACUGCUCGGACGGGGAGUCCACAGAGCCCGAGGAGAGCCCCUUCCCCAGCAAUCAACCCGACUUCCCCGUCCAGAUCCUCCCCUACCUCUACCUGGGCUGUGCCAAAGACUCCGCCAACUUGGAUGUGCUGGGCCAGUACAACAUCACCUACAUCCUGAACGUCACGCCCAAUCUCCCCAACAUGUUCGAGCACGACGGCCACUUCAGGUACAAGCAGAUCCCCAUUUCGGACCACUGGAGUCAGAACCUGUCCCAGUUCUUCCCAGAGGCCAUAUCAUUUAUUGACGAGGCUCGUUCCAAGCGCUGUGGCAUCCUUGUCCACUGCCUGGCCGGCAUCAGUCGCUCCGUCACGGUCACGGUGGCCUACCUGAUGCAGAGACUCAACCUCUCCCUGAACGACGCCUACGACUUUGUCAAGAGGAAGAAGUCCAACAUUUCGCCCAACUUCAACUUCAUGGGUCAACUGUUGGACUUUGAGAGGACGCUGGGGCGCCACACUCCCUGCGACAACCGCUCCACCACCGACGAGCAGCUUUUUUUCACCACGCCAACCAAUCACAAUGUUUUUCAGCUGGAGUCAGCAUGAGAGGAUGUUCUGAGCCUGUCGGACUGGCCAACUUGCUGAGGCGAGCAGGCGAUUCGUACCAAAAAGGAGCAAGAUUGACUUUUUUUUUUUUUUUUUAACAGACUCAAAUGCCUUAAUUUAGAAUAAAUGGGAGACUGUCUUCUCAUUAACUGAUUUUGUGGAACAUUCGUAAUAUCAUUGGCUUUUUUUUUUUUUAAACCAGAUUUUUAUUUGUUAUUUUCACCACAUUUCUUUUGCAGAUUAGUUAUAAAAAUGAAAGUAUUUUUCAAGUCAGAAUGCUUUUUUGGGAGUCAGAUUUUUUUGUCAUUACUCAAACCAAGAAAAUAGACUACUAAUUAGAUCAAAUCUGGACUUAUGACAAAUUUCCUGAACAUGCCUUAAGGAAAUCACAACAGUCAGCUUUUCUUAGAGUACAUUCACUAACACAUAGCCAAAAUAGCCAAUCCAUUUAACUUUGAAUCACAACAAUGUCAAUUUAUUUUGACAUUUUCAUUCAAAACCCGUUUUAUUGUGUAAAGUUCUGACCUACUUAAGUAAUGCAAACAGAAAAGAAGGUGCAAUUUUUAUUAAAUUUUUUACACUUAAAAGUAACUGAAGCUGUUAUUUUGAUGAGUUUAAAGAAAAAUCAAAUAGUGGAUUUGAUAAACCCAAAUUGAUUUUUAGGUAAAGAUUAAUCCAUUUUUACAUCCCUCAGCCUUAGUCUUUACAAAUCUAGAUGAGGAAAUAAUGUCAAAUACAUGUUCAAACUGUGAUCAUUGUAAUUGUUACCCUGCUUUGACCCACAGUAUAACCUUUUGGUUAAUACAUAUGUAAGUAGAUUUAUUGUUUUUUUCAUGCUGUUUUGUAACCUUUACAUCAUUUAUUCUCGUAUGUCAGGCUCCAACCAUUCCUGACUGUAGAGCUGAGCUUCCACGUUCAGUAGAAAGGAACACAUUUGUGUUAUUCUGGCACAAAUACAUUGAUUUUCACCUUUUUUUUUUUUACCUUUAACUCUUCAGCUUGCAGCUACUCCACUGGCACAUUAUUACAGGAGACAUGACGUGUGAUCAGCUGUCCUCUGUUGCCGGUCUUGCCUCCGAACAUAUGAAUGAGUUUGAUGCGUGCGAGGAGAUGAAAGGAAGUGAAUUUGAAUAGCCUGUUUUUACCUCAAAGAGAGACAUUUCAGGGAUUUUUCUACCAGGCAUCUGUAUGUCAUCCAUGCAUCUUUAAGCGCUCCCAACGGCUGUUCUGUGUUUGUAAAGAUGUAUAUAUAAAUGUGGUUUAUGGGGGACGUUUUCUGUAAAUCAUGAAGGAUAUGGAGUUUAUCUGAACCUUUAUGUAAAGCUUAUGAGGCAUUCUGUACAAGUUUAUACACAACGAAAUAUAUUGUUUAUUUUUAUUUGAA